ACAUUUACGUUACACGCGCGACUACAUCUCGCUCACGGUGCUUUGCUCAAGGUCUGUCCACAUACGAAAUAUCGAAAGCACAUUCACAUACGUCUUCGAUUGUGAAUCUUGUCACGCCUGCUUUCUUGCGGAAUGUCAGUGCGCAGCGUAUAAAACAAACUGUUAUCCGUUUGUAACAUAUUUUGGAACAAUUGAAGAUCGGAGGCAAGUAGGAUUGCAUACAGUGUUGUAAUCAUCCACCAGAAAAAUGAUGGAUAUAGAUCCGCCAGAGUUUCUGUCAAAGGACGAUGAGAUUCAAUAUUGGAUGGAUCUAGCUCAACAGCUGCAUCAAAGGAAAGAUGAUGUUGAACGUGAACUGGAAGAAUUUCAAGAGAAUUCACAGAUGUUGGAGAAAGAGCUUGAGACUUCCUUGGAACAAGCAGAAAAGACAAAUAGAGAAUUGAGACAAAGAAACACAAGGCUUGCAACAGAAGUUGAACAACUGAGAACGAGAUUAGACCAGCAAUCUGCAGAUUGUGCUAUGUUCCAGGGCAAAGCACAGGAUUUACAGCAACAACAGGAGCACCUACUGAAGUAUAUUAGAGAACUUGAACAGAAAAAUGACGACUUAGAAAGAGCACACAGGAUAAAUAGGGUUACGGAAGAAGAAAUAGAAGCUAAGUUUAAUUUAGCUAUAGAAAAGAAUGCUUUGCUUGAGUCGGAACUCGACGAAAAGGAAAGCUUAAAAGUAAUAGUGCAAAGAUUAAUGGACGAAGUUAGAGAUUUAAAGCAGGAGAUACAAGUGCACGAAAGACAUCAUGCGGAUAACAACAAACCUACUGAUAGAGUUCGUAGUAUCGUCGAUAGUAAUAAGCUACAGGCUGAAUUGGAGUCGAAUUCACCUGCUAGCCAAAUAGUCCCACAAACCAUACCUCCGAAUAAUACGACGACUUCGCCGAUAAAAAUUGGACACGGGAUGGUAGGGGGUGUUAUUGGAAACAACAAUAAUAAUAUGAGCCAACCAUUGCCACCCUGCACCAGAAUACUGGCAAUGAAUAUGAUUGGCGAUCUUAUGCGAAAAGUCGGGGCCUUGGAGAAUAAGCUGAAUACAUGUAGAAACGCGUUCCGAGAAGAUCAAGCUGUUCGUGAUCUCUACAGGAGAGAAAGAAAGAAGAAAAAUGUAAUUAGCAGCGAAAGAGUUAAUAAGAUGCAUUGAAAAUUUUUUUACAUGUCAUACCUAUCUUAAUUUGCUCAGUCAUAAAACUAUUCAUAAUAUAUUGCUUCUUUGCUCUAUAAGGCUUGUCUAAAUAAGCUUCUUAGACCAUUGUUUAGAUUAGGUAUAUAAAUGCAAUAUGACAAUGACAUAAUUAGUUUAAUUUUUUGCGCUAGUUAUCAAUGUUUCCUAAACAUGUGUGCCAUGUACGUUCCAAAAUAAAUGUACAAUAAUUUCUUAUUGGAAGCUACAUGUGGAUAUAAAUCUUUUUCGGCUAAAAUUUUUUAGAAAAACUUAAAAAAUAAUUAUUUACACACAUAUUUAAUUUUCGAAAUAGAAAUAUGUUCAGUAAUUCAUCAUUUUGUAUUGCAUACAUGUGGAGAUUUUAUUAAUGCAAAGUGAUAUGUUUCUCUAAUAAGCUACAUGCUUAUUCAGACUCAAAACAUAAAAUAGUUUUGCCAAAAUGUAUAUAAUAUAUAUUUGUAAGUGUUCUCUUAAUUCUUCAAUCAAAAUUUAUAUUUUAUCGAAAUGAUAAAUAUGAUUACACAUUUUACGACGCUCACUUGCUGGUGUAUAAAUAUGUUCUACAUAUUUCAAAAGUGGAUUCGAUCACAAAAUUCUUUUUCUGUAGCUAAUAUAAUUAUAGAAAUUCUAUAAUUAAUAUAAAUAUUGCAGUAGAAGAAGAUUUAUCCAAGUACAAAACGUUUUAUAAAUUCGCGAAAAACUGUGGUAAUAAGUUAUAUAUAUUUUUAAUAAUUUAGCGCUAAGUAUACGUGUGUAAAUAGUGUAUAUAGAUACCAAGUAUCAUAGUAAAGUGCAAUUGCAUUGGAGAGACAACUGUUUUCAAUUUCGUAAUGAAAACAUAAUAUGAUGUUAGACAGCUUUGAAGUAGCGUUCCUAAAUAUUGUAAAAAAAAUAUUCUUCUAAUCGAUUUACUGCCAUGCUGAGCCGUGAUCUAUGCUGACAAGAGAUUAUUCGUGGCUCGAUUUAUAAAAAAGAAAGACUAUACUUAGAAAGAUAUCAUGUGCACCGCAUAAUAAGAGAUGCUAUAUUUAUGAAUUCUUUCUUGCAUGAACAGUUAUUGUUAUUUUUAUCGCAUUCUUAUGCACAGUAUGAUGAAAAUGUUAUAGCAUUAUUACACAAGGUGUCUGCUGCUUGGAAAAAUCUGGAAUUUUCAAGAAACUUCGAGAUUCAGAGAAACUUUUUACCAAAAAGUUCUCUUCGAGUUCUCUCUUAUUUUUAUCUUUUGUUGACUGAUUUGUUUUUCAAUUCUUUCGAAUAUUCUUUUAAAUUUAAUAUUUGACAUAGUUCUUAAUUUCCUCUCCAUAAGAUUGAGUAGAAAAUAUUAAGAAGCUCAUUCGUCAAGUAACUUUAUUCCAAACAUAUAUAUGAAAAAUACUUUCUAUUUAGAAACUUGAUUUAAAAUAUAUGGUGGAAGAUCAUAAAAUACUCGGGGAGUUUUUCUAAGAUUUGAGUGGAUACCAUGUGUGAUGAUAUUACAUUUCUUGAAUGUAUGUUAAUAGAAUAAGACUUCUUGAAGACAUUUUCGACGCGCUGAACAGCGUUCAACGACCUUGUGCACAGAUCAAAUCGCUAAAUGUUCACUAGUGUAAAUGGCUCAUGCUCGUCCAGUAUCCUUUUUUUUUAUCUAAACACAAGCUAUAACAAGAGAUUAUUACAUCUGUUCAAUUAGGGCUAGACGACAAGUCAGAAGCCCAGCCUCAGGAAACAACAACCACAUUCGAUUGUAAACGAAGAAUAAUGUCGCAGCGAUCAUAUGUCCGCACAUCACCGAUGUUGCAAACCCCAAUGUAAUGUUAAUUCGAGAAUUUCCAUAACAAUAACUUUGUUCGAGUUUUAUUAAGUUAUUCCGAAUACGUUAACGCAAAAGCUGAAAAAUGCUAUGAUGUUUCAUGCCAGGCAUGAAAAAUCGUUCUUAGAACAGAAAAUUAAAUUUCCAUUUUCGGCUACACACAAGUCUCCUUGCAGCGUUUCAUGCUGCGUUAAUGACAUUACGAUAUCUUGCUCAUUGAAGGAAACAUUGUUCAAAAUAACGGCAAUGUUGAUGAAUUAGCGCAUUCCGAUUAUUCGAAGGUAUAUGAAAUUAGAACAAUUUCCGAUUGUAAUUAUCGUAAGCGAUAUUUCUCAGUGAUAUAAAUGUCACUAACGCUGUAUGAAAUUAUUCUACAAUAUACUGUUCGCAGAAUUCACAGUAUCUUUGUUUGCGUUUUUGUUAUGAGAAAGAAAAUAAAAGGUAUAUUUUAUUAUUGAAACUUACAUGUGUGUAAGCUUGCCGCUGUAAUAGCUAAAAACGAAAAAUAUCCGUACUGGUGACUUUGAUGGAUUCCUCUCUCGUAUUAAUUUCUCUUCGCUUCAAAUGUAUCACGCUAUAUUGAUAUAGUAAAUAUGAAUUUGAUUGCCACAAGUCGCAACAAUGUAUAACUAAAAAGCGAUAACUGGUUUUCAUGUAAAUAACGGAAGAUAAUAAGGUAAAAGUAACAAAGUGUUGUUACUUAUUAUUAAUAUAUCUGGAAUUUUAGAUAUUCUCUUUCGCGUUAAUUGCGUCGAAACGUUAAUUUCUGUCUCCGACACCGCGCGACAUUAUGGAAAUUGCUUCAUUAAUAGCAUACGAGUAGGAAUUUGUAAAUAUACACAUAUACAAGUGAAGAGCUUGGGGCAAUAAACACACAUUGAGACGUGAGUCUUGAUUUGCGCUUUUUAUAAAGUCAAUGGCCUCAAGCGAGAAAUCUCGUAUUCUUCCUUUUCUUUUUUUCAAAGAUUAAAUUAAAGAUUAAACACAAAUAUUAUGCACAAAGUAGAGAAUAACGUAGUUUUUUUAAUUGUUUAUUUAUUUAUCAAAUUUGUGAUAUACGUUAUUGUCUCAAGCGCUUCGUGUAUAUUACACAUAGCAGUAAUGAAACAUCAUUAUUUAUUAGAAACGAAAUACUUGUGACGUUUGUAGGUAAUUACACAAUUAAUAAUUAAUUUAUGAACUUGGUUUUUAACGCGUAGAUGUAGUAUAAUUUGUAAUUUGUAUUUACCAAUUGUCUAUAUAUAAUUAUUGCGUAUACUUUGUAAAAAUGUGUACUUUUUAGCGCUCUAAACGUGUUUCCAAAUAUAAUUCCUCUAUUUUUUUAAUAUUCUGCAAAAAAAAAGAUAUUCUCUAAUCACAAAAGUACUUUUCAUGGUGAACGAUUGGAUCGAUUCCAAUGAUUAUAUAUACAUUAUAAGGACUGGCAAAACGCGAUUUAGAUCUAAAAUUUAGUUCUUUAAACUAUAUUGCAAGAAAAAAGAAGAACCAUUGCUAAGAUACAAAAUUGUUAUCGUAAAUGGAGAAUCGUAUAAUCAUGUUGUAUUAAUAUGAAAUGUGAAAACCUCAUUUAAUAAAAUAUUAUUAAUGCAAAUCAUUAGUCUUUAUUUGUAACCGUAAUUAUGUUAUGUACUUUGAAAUUCAGUUGAAAAAAAAAUAUUACAAAAUAUAAUUAUUUUGAAAAUUUAUAUUGAUUUUGUGUUCAGGUACCUCUAUUCUAAGGAGAUAAAUUUCUAGCAUUAACUCUGGGAACAUUUGAUUGAAGUUGAUGUAAAAGUAAAUUGAGCGAAUUUAGAUUUAUUUACGAAAUGCGUUUAUUUUUACACAAAUUUUUACACAAUAGUUAGGUGAUCAAAACGAUUUUAUGUAACUCGAGUACAGAGGUCUAAUACGUUAAGCACUACAUCGGGCACUCUAAGGGUGUCUUAUUCUAGUGCACACUUUUUGCAAAUACUAAUAAUGAUAAUGACAUUGUUAUGUGACAUUAAUGACGAUAAUAAGAUAGAGUGAAAAUAAAACGUCGCUUCUAAACGCUGUUCCAUCGAAAUAAUUUAUACGUGAAUUUCUCUCAGCGCUGAAAGUAUUGCAAAUUAAACCUUGUAAAUAUAUGAAUAUCUAUGUGAUACAAACUACAAAGUUGUUAAACACGGGAAGUUUCGAGAGCA